CGCCGCUCCACAAUAUCAUCAGACACAUAUACCCGAAUACAGAAUUACUUUGAAAUACAACCCAUUUUGAUAUGUCAUCUAUCGAAAUUGUAACAAACGCCGAAAGGGAAAAGAUUGCACGACCUAGGCCCGAGGAAAACGCUGAAGAUGCAGGGACAUCCGAGGAUUCGUCACCGAUGGCAGCCGCGCCAUCGAAGAAGAGAAGAAAGCUGAACGAUGGAUCGGCUACCAAAACCGAGAAACCAUCAAGUGGAUUUUUAGCAGCAGUGAGCAACUUCUUGUCGGGAUCGUGGUUUUGGCCAUCCUCAAUGCCUGAAACAAAAAUAGCAGAUUUAUCAUCGACGGAAGAAAAAGAGCCGGCCACCAACGAGAAUGGAGAAAAGGCAGAUGAACUGAGUGAGGCCGACGGCGAACAAAUCAAAAAUGACAAGGAGGAAAAUGCUGACGCUGACAGAAAGUCAGAUGAAUCUACAAAGGCCGACGACGCUGACAGCAAAGACGACAACGAGAAGGACAAGGGCGAUGACAACGAUGAGGAAGAGAAGACGGCGACUCCAACUGCAGCUGACAUCAAGGAUACCAGCAAGAAAAUUGGCAAUGAGGGAAAUAACACGAAAUGCAGCAAAAACCUUGCAAACAAGGUUGAAAAGAAAUCAUCGUCGUUGUCACCCAAAGAAACMUCUCCGAAGAAAAAACGAUCCAAGAAAAAGAAAAAUUAAAAAAAAUGCCAUUGCAAGCACUGCAAACCACGACAAAUGCUACCACUACUGGGGUCCUAUAUGGGUGCCUUCUUUCUUCUUAUGGAUGUCUCAAACAAUAACUUGGAAAACAUUCAUCAAAUAUUUUCUUGACUAAAAGUGCACACCAUAG